AUGAGUGCUCCCGUCGAACAGUUGGAUAUCGUCGAUGAGGCGGAGAGGAGGUUGGAGGAGCUCGGAGAGCGAAAUGUCCGAGCAGUGGACGAGAAGCCGAUGCCUCGGGAAGUGGAAUUCGACAAACAUGAGACAGAGUGGGCUCCUCUGCCGGACGAUGAGGAUGAAGAACAUUGGCCGUCCGGAGCAGAGUGGGCCUCUCUGCCGGACGAUGAGACUGAAGGACUGAGGAUCGGCGGCACCAAUGGAGAAGAUCAAGUCACAAUCCCGGUUCUGGCCACGCAGGGAACAUCGGCCGCGGCAGCACCAGAAGAAUUCCGCCCUGCAGAUUUGGGCGACCUACCGGAGCAAUUCCGGAGGGAAUUGCAGGUGCCGUGGGCAAAACCAUACACGGUGGCCCGAGGACAAGGAAACAGUGGCAUCGGCAGUUUGAGACCAUCAAAGGGUGGCGCAUUCAUGCCUCGAGAAUGCACAGGCAAGGUGCCGGCAGCAUUGGAGCUGCAUAACCUCGAUUGGUGCCCGAGGUCACGUGCGGCCGUAAUCAAUGAGAGGCAGGUGAAGCGCCGUCGAUUAGAGCUUGUGAGGAGAGAAGGGGAUUUGCUCUUCAUUCCAGGUGAGAAAUUAGUAAAGUCAGUGAGAGCAUUCGGCCUUCUCCACGUGGUCAAACCUGUCGCUGCCUAUCCCGAUUUUCCAUUUUCGUCCAAUGCAAUACGUCCAAGCGGGUAA